CGCAAACCCUAACACAUUCUCCUCCUCUUUUGCUCUCUCCUGCUUGUGCGAUUCAGUGAUACAACCUUCCAUAGCAGGAGAAAGUACGUAACUCUCUCCAUCUCUUUUUGUAUACACGAAGCACUCUUAUUAAUACCUACCAUGCCAUCAAUAGCUAUAGCUAAUAACGCCGCAGAUUUAAAAGAGAAGAAGAUGAAGAAGAGAAUAUCUCUAGAAACCUCUGAACAACCUGAAGAGGAAAUAAUACUUUCCGACAAGAAGGAGAAGAAGAUGAAGAAAGACAAAAAGAAGCGAAAAGCUGUAGAUAGCGAGCUUGAUGAAGAAGACAAGAGCGAGACAAGCUCUGAGCUUGUCGAGCCGGUGAAUUUGAAGACAAAGAAGAAAAAUAAGAAAGCAAAGAUUGCCGAUGAGAACGAGGAUGGAGAGGUGGAGACAGCUGAGGAGGAUCAUCCUAAUGCGAUCUCCAAGUAUAGAAUAUCGGAGUCUUUGAGAGAGAAGCUUAAGUCUAAGGGAAUUCAGUCGCUGUUUCCAAUUCAGGCUAUGACAUUCGAUGAUAUUCUUGAUGGUUCUGAUUUGGUUGGUCGUGCACGUACUGGUCAGGGUAAAACACUGGCUUUCGUGUUGCCUAUUUUGGAGUCCAUAACAAAUGGACAUGCAAAAGAAUCAAGAAAGACAGGGUAUGGCAGGCCUCCAAGUGUUCUUGUUCUUCUACCAACAAGGGAAUUGGCCAGUCAGGUUUUUGAUGACUUCAAAGUUUAUGGCGAGUCAUUGGGAUUGACAUCUUGCUGUUUAUAUGGAGGAGCUUCAUAUCACCCACAAGAAAUGAGCUUAAAGAGAGGGGUGGAUAUUGUUGUUGGAACCCCAGGCCGCGUCAAGGAUCAUAUAGAGAGGGGCAACAUUAACUUGAGUUAUCUAAAGUUUCGGGUCCUUGACGAGGCUGAUGAAAUGCUGAGAAUGGGCUUUGUUGAAGAUGUUGAACUUAUACUUGGAAAAGUUGAGGAUGUAAGCAAAGUUCAGACGCUUCUCUUCAGUGCCACCUUGCCAGAAUGGGUGAAACAAAUAUCUUCUAGAUUUCUUAAAGCAUCUAAAAAAACCAUAGAUCUUGUUGGUAAUGAGAAAAUGAAGGCUAGUACCAAUGUCAGGCACAUCAUUCUUCCUUGUUCUGCAUCAGCAAUACCUCAGGUCAUUCCUGAUAUCAUUCGUUGUUACAGCAGUGGAGGCCGUACAAUUAUUUUCACCGAGAAAAGGGAAUCUGCAAAUGAACUUGCUGGUUUGUUGCAUGGAGCAAGGGCUCUACAUGGGGAGAUACAGCAGUCUCAACGUGAGGUCACCCUUUCUGGCUUCAGGUCAGGCAAGUUCUUGACGUUGGUAGCGACAAAUGUGGCUGCUAGGGGACUGGAUAUAAAUGAUGUGCAACUAAUCAUCCAGUGUGAGCCUCCACGUGAUGUAGAAGCUUAUAUUCAUAGAUCUGGAAGAACUGGAAGAGCAGGAAAUACUGGGGUCGCUGUGAUGCUUUAUGAUCCAAGAAGGUCCAAUAUAUCUAAGAUUGAAAGAGAAUCUGGUGUGAAAUUUGAGCAUAUUACUGCCCCUCAGCCUGCUGAUAUUGCCCAAGCUGUUGGUGCAGUGGCUGCAGAAAAAAUAACUCAGGUUUCUGACAGUAUUGUUCCUGCAUUCAAGUCUGCAGCAGAGGAUUUGCUGAAUUCUUCGGGUUUGUCUGCAGUAGAAUUACUUGCAAAAGCACUUGCCAACGCUGCUGGUUACACCGAGAUAAAGAGUAGAUCACUUCUAUCAUCCAUGGAGAACCAUGUUACAUUACUCCUUGAAGCUGGAAGACCCAUCUACACACCGUCGUUUGCUUUUGGUGUCUUGAGGAGAUUCUUGCCUGAGGACAAGGUUGAGUCAGUGAAGGGUAUGACCCUCACAGCUGAUGGGAAGGGUGCAGUGUUUGAUGUGGCCGCAGCAGAUAUUGACACUUUUCUUGCUGGUCAGGACAAUGCAGCUAAUGUCAGCUUAGAAAUAUUGAAAGCAUUACCUCCCCUGCAAGAAAAAGACCAAUCAAGGGGAAGAUUUGGUGGUGGUGGUCGUGGACGGGGUGGCUUCAGUGAUAGAAAUGGUGGUGGUAGGUUUUCAGGGGGUAGAGGUGGCAGAGGCGGGGAUAGAAGAAAUGAUAGGUUUGGCGGUGGGAGAGGUCGCAACAAUGGGAGCAGAUGGUGAAAGGCCUGAAUUGUAUUCUUUGGUCGAUGGUGCUUUGGUAGAGAGAAUGAAGCAUCCAUCAUAUGGUAGUGAAGAAAACAUGCAAUUGUAGAGUCUGGAGAUUUUACUGCCUGGAUUGGCUGAUAUAGUAAUAUUUGUUUUGGAAGUCCCCUUUCUUUUUUUUUUUUGGUGUUUUGUAGGCCGUGUUUUUCUUUCUCUCUCUUUAAAUCUAUUGCUUAUUUAAUUUUUUGGGGAAUUUUAAAGGCACCCCUUUUUGUUGAAUUCUGCUUGAUUGGAUAUGUAAGAGAAAAAAAUACUUAAUUAUUUCAUUAUCCGAAAGAAUGUAUUAUCAGGUGCUAAA